ACCUCCCGGAAGCUCUACGGAUAAUUUGUUUCCUGUUCCGCUCACUCUUCCGGUCGUCAUGGCGACAGGGCGCCUUGGAGUGGGGGAGACGCUGGAGGCCCUUAACGCCGCGGUGGGUCCUGGUAGCCCGGUGUGGUUCAAGGAAACGAACGCCCGGCACCUGCGUGGCCGAGACUUCUUGGCGCCGCGAAGCGCGUUACAGGCGCGCUUCAGGGACGGGCAGGUGCCAGAAUGUGUGUUCAGCGCGGUCACCUGCCUGCAGGGUCCGGGGGUGGCCCCUGUACUGCGCUGCGCGCCAACACCCGCGGGUUUAUCGCUCCAACUACAGCGCCCCGCUGUCUUCGAGCGUGUACUCGGUGCCCUGGCCUCCUAUGCCACUCCCGCCAAGCCUGCCUCGCCAGGCCCACGAGUUGUUCUGCACUGCCCCGCACUGCGCUGCAACCCGAGCACACUCCGCCUGAGCCAGCUGCGGGCUGUGCUCGUGGCCGAUCACCUAACACGGACGCUACGAGCUCAUGGGGUAUGUGUGUGCUUAGUGCCCUCGGUGCGGGAUCCGCACAUGGCAACUUUGCUUCAGAAACUUCGGGUGGACUGGCCCACUGCCUCGAAGAGCACCUCGACCGAAACCCUGAGGACCUGUGUGCUUGCAGAACUUAAUUCUGUUUCUGAGGAGGAGACACUGCCCCCUGGCGUCCUAGGCCGAAUGUGUCUGAAGAAACUAGUGGAACAGAGACGUGCAGCUGGCUAUGACCCCAGCAUAGACAACUGUUUGGUGACUGAGGAUGUGCUCUCUGUGCUGUCUGAGCUGCAGGAGGCUGUGCGCCAUUGGCCAGAGGGCGGCUACCCAGGCCUGGAUGGGGACCCAGACUCUGGUGUAGAUGGCUGCAUGGUUGUACAUGUGGUGAGCUGUGAGGAAGCAUUCCAGCAACAAAAAUUGGAUCUGCUUUGGCAAAAGUUGGAUGACCAGGCUCCUCACAAGCAGAAGCACCUGGUCUGUGGCCCAGUGAAAGUAGCUGGUGUUCCCGGCACCCUGAUGACUGCCCCUGAGUACUACAGGCUCAGGUACACACAGGUGUGUAAGGCCUCAGCACUGAAGCAUGGCGGGGAGCUGGCACGAGACCCAGCGUGGACUGAGAGCUUUGAAGUCCUCUCUGUAGCCACCAUCAAAUUUGAGAUGCUAAGCACAGCUCCACAGAACCAGCUCCUCCUGGCCGACAGCAGCAUCUCCACAAAGGGUACCAAGAGCGGCACCUUUGUCAUGUACAACUGCGCCCGCCUUGCCACGCUCUUCGAGGGUUACAAGCAUGGGGUGGAACAAGGUCUAUAUCCUGCUUUCCCGAUUGUGAGCAGCCUGGAUUUCUCUCUACUCCAUGAUGAGGGAGAAUGGCUGCUGCUUUUCAACAGUGUCCUUCCCUUCCUGGACCUGCUGAGCCAGACUGUAAGCCUGGCCAGCACCCCAGGGCUCCACAUCAGCGUCCGCACAGAAAUGGUGUGCAAGUUCCUGGUGCAGCUCAGCAUGGAUUUCAGCUCAUACUAUAACCGCGUACACAUUCUAGGGGUGAGCAUACAGCAAAAGGGUGUCUGUGGGGAGUAUGGGGGACGCAGGGUGAAGACAGGGAGGCAAGAGGAUGAGCCCGGUCCCUUUCCUUUCAGGAACCUCGGCCACACCUCUUUGGUCAAAUGUUUGCCCGCCUACAGCUUCUGAGGGCGGUACGCGAGGUGUUGCACACAGGCUUGGCUAUGCUGGGCCUCCCUCCACUGAGCCAUAUCUAAGGAACCAAUAGGUGGGAA